AUUUGUCCAUCGAGGCCUCCGUUGUUGCUUUUGCUCGAAGCUGCAGGACGCAUUGAGGCAGGGAGGGAAUGGCGUAGCUGGUGAGAGGCUACAAGAGCACCCCAUAGGAAUGUAAAACUUUAGGAUCCAAAUCCACCUCUGGACACCCGUCUUAAGACUUUAACAUUUCACCCGGUUUCUCAUGGAAGCAGAUGGGUUCGUGAGGAGGCGUCGGAUGACAGCGGAGACCACAGGCAAUGAUCCCGGGGUUGCUGGUGCUUCAGCCGGGGCAGAAGUUCGAUGGCUGGGGGGCAGAUUCUGGGGAGUUUCGGAAAGUAUCAUGGGGAGCCUGGCACCCCGGAUUGGAGGGGAAACGGAGAUACAGACAGUUGAUUUUAUCCGUGCGCAAGAUGCACAAACAGAGGACUCUGAACAAGACUAUGAAGGUCUGCCACAGGGCGCUUCCACCAGCACCCACAUGUUGGCUGGAGCCGUGGCCGGGAUCAUGGAGCACUGCCUCAUGUUCCCCAUCGACUGUGUCAAGACGAGAAUGCAGAGCCUCCAGCCUGAACCCGCAGCCCGCUACAGGAACGUCAUGGAUGCCCUCCGCCGCAUUGUAGCCACGGAGGGAGUCUGGCGGCCAAUGAGAGGGCUGAAUGCAACAGCGGUUGGGGCGGGACCUGCUCAUGCCCUCUAUUUUGCCUGCUAUGAGAAACUCAAAAAGACUUUAAGUGAUGUCAUUCACCCAGGGGCUAACAGUCAUUUGGCUAAUGGUACAGCUGGGUGUGUGGCCACACUGCUUCACGACGCAGCCAUGAAUCCAGCGGAAGUUGUGAAGCAACGCAUGCAGAUGUAUAAUUCGCCCUACCGCGGCGUUAUGGACUGUGUACGCGCCAUUUGGCAUAAAGAGGGCCCUGCCGCGUUCUACCGCAGCUACACCACCCAGCUCACCAUGAACGUGCCCUUCCAGGCGCUCCACUUCAUGACUUAUGAGUACCUGCAGGAGCUGCUCAAUCCCCAAAGACAAUACAAUCCCUCAUCACACAUGUUGUCAGGAGCCUUGGCUGGAGCCAUCGCCGCUGCUGCGACCACACCUCUAGACGUGUGCAAGACCCUGCUCAACACCCAAGAGUCUCUAACUCUCGGUUCCCCUUCUCCCAGCCAAGGAGCCCACAGACAGAUCUCAGGCCUGGCCCAUGCCUUCCGGACAGUCUACAGGCUGGGCGGCCUGAAGGGCUUCUUCAUGGGAGUCCAGGCGAGGGUUAUCUACCAGAUGCCCUCCACGGCCAUCAGCUGGUCGGUCUAUGAGUUCUUCAAGUACGGACUCACCAAGCACCAGCACAACAAGAGGAGAGCGCAGCACGUGGAGUCUUAGAAAUAUUUCCCACGUUUGAUCUCUUCUAAUUUUGCUCUGCCCUCCCUGUGAGGAGAAGUCGAUACGCACAUAGAAUCUGACUUAAAUCCACUGCAGUUGUCCCAUCCCUUUCAGACAUAGCAGACAAGAAAGACAGUUACUUUUUCUGAUACAUUAUUUCAAGUCAAUCCACGGUUUGAGUUAUGUCAAGAAAACACAAGUGCAGCAUUAUAGAUGUAGUCAAUGUGGAGAUUCUGGUUAAGUCAUUCUAGUGGCCACUACGUUUGUCCAAGCUGAGGAUAGAUGAGAACAACGCACAAGUUUUGAGUUGUAAAGGUUGUCAGCAGGGGGCAGUAGUGUAUCUCAGUUACUGUCUUGUAGUUUCACAAGCUUUGCUGUUUUUCAUGAAGUUUUUAUUUCAACCCAUUCACACCUUGAGUUUUUAAUUAAAACCUUUGACUGACUCUUGUUAAAUACUCAUUGUUUUUUGGAUGUAUGAAUCCUAGAUGAGACAAAAACUUAGUUGUGUCUAUAAACACACAGGGCCAGUCUUUAAUCACAAUUAUCUGACUUAAUUGUUCCACUUUUAUUUUAUUUGCAGCUAAAAACAUACAAACGUACCUCUGAGGAAAUACAUUGAUCCUUGUCAACCUGGCCACUAAAAUAGAUGAAAGUAGAGUCAGAAUCAGUUGAUCUGUCAUUUAAAAAAAAAAAAAGACAUCUCAUUUGAAGGUUUCGCAGAUUAACAAAAACAGAUCAGAUUUUGGGUCCCUCUGUGUUUUCCUCUUUGCUUUAAAGGAACAAAUUAGAUGUGAUCGCCAUUUAAAACAUCAGUGUCGCUGGUGAUCUAAAAAUACUGAGAAAAAAAUAUCUUAAGAUUUUGUUUAAUUUAUUUUUAAUAAUCCGUAACUGAUAUUUUAUUUACAGCUAAUAUGUUACUUUAAACUUUUAUUUUCCUUCACAUCACACUUUAAAUCUCCCUUAGAUCAUCCAAAAACUCACCAUUAAUGCCUUUGUACUUGUGUUGCAGAGCAGACCAUAGCAGCAUUAAAAUGGCCAUCUCCGUGCUUUAACUGCAGCUAUCACAUUAAGCUUGUGAACUAGAGUGUCAGUGCACGCGACAGUAAAAAGUUGUGUACAAGGUCCUGUGCCCUCCCCCCCCAAAAAAAAAAAGAUUAGACUCAGAAUUUCAAGGAGUUCAGUAUCCCACUCAAAAUGUGUAAACCCUCCAUUGAGAACACAUCAAUGGAAGCUGUCAUUCUUACUGAUUGAUGUCUGAUUGUUUUCAACACAGAAUUGCACUCAUUGAAUAAAGACUGAGCAGCACGGCUCGACUCACUGCUCAUACAUGA